CGAAUUCCGAACUGCUAAGCAGACACCUCUGCAGCUCACCGAGGGGCGAGCAGAGAGAGAAAGAACACUUUUACAGAGAGAGAGAGAGGCGGGGAAGAAGAGUAAGAGUGAAAUCGAAUCGAAGAUGUUGCGAUUGAAGCGAGUGGCCUCAACCACACCAGCGAUUUUGGGUUCUCGGCCAUUGUUCGCUAAAGAAGAUAAGCUGUUCUCUCGCAUCCCUCGAAACCAGCCAUCUCAAAGGACCUCAAAUCGCUUCCUUGACUUCUACCAGAUUGGAAACAAAGCCGCUAUCGAGAAAGAGCGGGCUCGGCUUUCAGAUGAGAUGAAUAGGGGUUACUUCGCUGACAUGUCGGAGCUCAAGCAACAUAGUGGCAAGAUUGCAGUGGCGAAUAAGAUUUUAAUUCCAGCAAUGGCAGCUGUGAAGUUUCCUGCAUUAGAAGUGAAUUACUCGGACGGUACAGGUCUUAAGCUGCCCAUUGCUUCUAAUGGAGAUGAUGUUGUUGACAGAUCAGAUGUCCCACAGGCAUCCUUACUAUGUCUUUCCUUCCGAGCAAGCUCUCAGUCGAUGGUUGAUUCUUGGAGCGUGCCUUUCCUUGAUGCUUUCGGUAACUCUGGAAAAGUUCAACUAUAUGAGGUCUCCCUUAUAGACUCCUGGUUUUUGUCACUUAGUCUGGUUAAGAGGUUACUCCUUCGAAUGAUGAGGAAAUCUAGCCCUGAUGGAAGGGAGGGUGUCCUGCAGAGACAGAUUGUUUAUUCAUUUGGUGACCAUUAUUACUUCAGAAAAGAGCUUAAAAUAUUGAACCUUCUCACCGGGUAUAUCUUCUUGCUUGACAAAUUUGGUCGAAUACGGUGGCAAGGAUUUGGAUUGGCGACACAAGAAGAGUUGUCAUCGCUUUUGUCUUGCACUUCACUUUUAUUGGAAGAUAAAUGAACUUUGCCUAAGCAUAGUUUCAAGCACAUCUUUAGGUAAUCUUGUAUGCCACAUCAGUGGAACUUGAUUGAGUUGAAAUUUUUUGAUGGUGCAGUUAUAUUUUACCUUUCUUAA